CUCCUUUGACUUUCUUGUUUACUUCAUACUUAUCACUUAGCGCUACAGGUAUUAAACUGCUAGCAUCAAAGGGAGUGCAAUGGAUUCAGACUCACCAAACAGUAGUUUUGACAGAUCUACUGUGACUGCUAUUAAAAGGUCAAGAAACAGAGUCAAGAACAUCCACUGGAACUCACUGCUUCAUGAACCUUGGUGCUGUGUUCCUAUCAGAAGGAUUGGACCUGAACCCACCACUGACCGCUUCAUGGCCAUCAUGCACGGGCCUAAUGAGCAAGCCACUCCUGGAAAUGCUUUAGCUGUCGACCCAACACGACAGUUUGGUGCCUUUCAGUCGUUUGGAAACGCUUUCUUGAGCCGAUUUGAGGCUUCAUUUUUGCCUGCAUGGUCCAGUCCAACGCUCAUUGAAACUCCGGGAAUAUUAUCUGGAGAGAAGCAACGCUUACAUCGUGGGUACUUUAAAUUUUUAGUUUUUAAGGGUCAAGAAAAGACGACCAAGUUCCAAGUGAGAGUUCAGAGCACUAAUCGACUGAUGUUGUCCCCCAUUCUCAGUCUGUGUAUACUGAUACUGAUAUUCCGCUUACUGUUACAGUCAGGAGACGUUGAAGCAAACCCUGGACCAACACUUGCCGAAAUUCUGACUCUCGAUGAUUUGAAGUUUGUUUACAAUAACUUGAUAAAAGCCGCUGGAAACUGGUACAACCUGGGACUUAAUCUGGGAUUAGGCUAUGAAACUCUCCAGAAUAUCAGAGAUAAGCCUCAAGACAAUCAAGCCAGUCUACGUGACAUGAUAGCUGCUUGCUUUAAGACUGGCCGUCUCACCUAUUCUAAAAUAUGUGAGAGUCUCAGAGCACCAUCAGUUGAUCGGAAUGAUGUCGCUGCGACUAUAGAGGGGACAUGUACAGACAUGUCCACAUCCUCAACGAGUCCUUCAAUUGGCGACCAUUCUUUCUCUCCUGCUAGCAAUCCAGAAACUUCGAAUUCAAUCGGUAGUGAAGUAAUAUUAAGACAAAAAAAAGCUGACUACCACCCAACAGUAGGAUCAGGGUUUCUAAGGGGACCUGAUUUUCCUGUUGCACAGGUUGGGAUCAGGAAUACUAGCCAAGGCGGCAAUGAGGCAGUAAAAGAGAAAAUCAAGAAUACCAACGAAGUAAUUCAAAAGGUUAUAUCAAUAGCUAAGAAGCUUAAAUUGCCCACUCAUCAAUCAGAGCUCGAAAGAAUCUCUUCAGCGUUACUAUCUGGCAAAGUCCAAAUAGGAUUUGUUGGCUUAACUAAUGCUGGCAAAAGCGCAACUGUUAGUUCCUUUAUAGGCUCACCUUUUCUCCCAUCAACGCUUCAAAGGCAGACGGUCGGCUCAAUCCGUGUUGUACAUGAUCCAACAUGUACGCAUGGAGAACUUUUUGGCACAAGAGAUGGCUUGACGGUUUCUCUUGCAUCUGGUAUUUAUUCUGUUCACUCCCGUAUUGAGGAAUUGAAUACCAAUGACCGCAUUAACGAUAUUCGCUACUCUGAACUCGUUCUUUAUGCGCCAGUCACACUUUUUUCAGAGCUUGAAGAGAAUUUUGCUCCAGAAUUUCUAGAUAUGGGUGGCAGCUGUGAGAACAUUCCUAGCCAGCAAGCAAUUAUUGCACAAAAAACAGCUUUAAAAAGCCUAGCAGCCAUCGUGCUUGUUGUCAGUGCUGAUGACGUAUCUAAGACAACAGUGACUGACCUUGUUGAAAAUCUAAAACAAGUACAUCCUGGCCUAAUGGAGAAACAAAGCAGAGUGCUAGUGCUCAUUAACAAAUAUGAUAUGUGCUACGACGAUGAGAAUAAAGGAUCAUGGGGGCCUGACAGAAUUCAAAAGGAAAUGGCAAAUCACAUUGGAGUGCCAAUAGAGCAGACAGUGUGCUUCAGUGCCAAAUAUGCACUACUUGCACAAAAAUGGCUACGAGAUCCUUCUGCUGUAACCCAACGCAAAUUUUUUGAAGAAUAUUUUUUUUUACAAUCCACACCCGAAAAAGAUUCCAUUGCAAUUUGCUCUUUGGAAAAGCCCACGCAAGAGAAUGUGAAGAAACUAGCUGAAGGUCUUGAGAAAUUUAGCCGGUUCCAAGAAGUUAAAACAAAGCUUCAGUGGGCACUCUGUGUUAAUGGUCGUGAAGUUCUUUUGGAUAGUGCUGUGGACAAUGGUUGUGCGGAAGUGUCAAAGAUGGAAGAAGCCAUUAGUCAUAGAAUACAAGAAAUUGACAUUCGAGGGAAGGAAAAUAAAUUAGAGCAGCAAAAAGCUCAGACAGAAAAGGUUGAACAAUUCUUUCAAAGUCAGACAUUAUUCCCAAAAACUCUUACCCAAUUUUUUGAAAUUCAACUAAACGCACUUGUUGCAACAUUAGAGAAUGACAUCAACAUACAAUCUUCUUUCAAAGUAUCACAUCUCAAAAAAAAUUAUGAUAGCCAGCAGCAAGCAUUGAAGCAUGUACUGGAUGCCCGCAAAGACAUGCUUCAAGAAGGAAAAGAACAAAUCUUCAAAGCUUGGAAGUACGGUAUCUUACAAAUGAAACAAACCUUGUUGGCAAAUCUGAAACAGUUACUACAACACUUAAAGGAAAAAGUUGCCUCAGAGAAUAUCACUGAUAUCUUCAACCUCAAUGGUGUGGAACCGCUUAAAUUGCUAGAAACCAUUUCUGAAUCGUUUGAAUCUGUUGAGCAGCAACCAGACUUUUCACAGUGCACAGCUAUAGGUGAUGAUGCUCUUAAAGCUGCUAUUCAACCUUGCACGGAGACUAGGCAGAGAAGAAACGAGCAAAAGACAACAACGCAGCGGUUUUUGAUAUUCCCCACUGACCUCGGAUACAAUGAGGUGAUUAAUUACCAGGUUACUGUGUUCGAAAUAAACGCUGAGAACCUUCUUAGAGCACUUCACCAAUUUGCUUCAUUCUGUUCAGAUCAUGUUCGUAACUCUCUGUUGAAGGUUUUGAAUGAUGUAGCUAACAAGUUAUCUCAAGCUCUUUGGGAUGAACUGAAGCAGUUAUCAGAAGAGCCGAUUACAUUGAAAGAGAAAGUUCUUCAAAAAUCCAAAAAAGAAGUCGCAGAAUUAGAAACUGAAAACAAAUUGCUUGGAGAAGCGAAAAAAACACUAUGUGAGCCACCGUCUCCUACCGGUAAAAAGAGGGAAUUCGAAGAAGAGGAUGAUGAUGUCAUAACACCAGUUAAGAAGCUUAAGAAGCCUGCUCCUAAAAAAGCAAAGCGGUCCAAACGCCGACACUAACACAUCAACUAAACAGUAUUUCCGAAGUGACUUGUUAUAGAAUUAGACAAAUGCAUGCAUGUACACAGUAUAUAGUAUAUAAUUAUAGUUGUAUUCUUUUGUUAGUAGUAUGUAUCCACUACAUGGAGCUAUCUAGAAGUUGUUGAAAUGUAUCUGUAAUGAUCUAGCUAGAAUUGGAACUGUACUUAGUGGUAACAUCUAGAAGUUAUUUAGCUUUGUAUAAUAGGAAGGUUCUGUACUGUGCUCUGUGUGUGUUCUAUUUUACUCUUGCUGCAAACAA